UCCACUCGAUUGCUUUCGCCUUUCCCUUCCACACAUGUGGUGUUUUGGAAAGAAAAAACAUGGCAGCGCCCGAAAGUGCGGUCCAGAUAGUUCCUGCUAAAAAGCCAACAGUCCGAGGGCCACGACGGGUAGCCAAUCAAAUUCCAGAUGAAAUCCUGCAAGACCCUGAGUUACAGGAGGCCAUCAAAGCCCUGCCUGCAAAUUACAACUUUGAGAUCCACAAGACUGUUUGGAGAGUGAGACAAGCAAAUUCGAAGAGAGUGGCUCUGCAGCUGCCAGAGGGCCUUCAGAUGUUUGCCUGUGUCAUCGCUGACAUCAUUGAGAGGUUCACAGAGGCAGAUACCAUUGUGAUGGGGGACGUGACAUACGGGGCCUGCUGCGUGGACGACUUCACCGCCAGAGCUCUGGGAGCUGACUUCAUGGUGCACUAUGGACACAGCUGUCUCAUCCCUAUAGACUCCACAGCAGGUAUAAAGAUGCUCUACGUGUUUGUGGACAUCCAGAUGGACAACGGACACUUCCUGGACACGGUCAAGUUCAACUUCCCCCCUGGACAAUCUCUGGCGCUCGUCAGCACUAUUCAGUUUGUGGCAGCACUGCAGGCUGUGAGUGCUGCUCUCAAGCUGGAGUACGAUGUGCUGGUCCCGCAGUGUCGACCUCUGUCACCAGGAGAAAUUUUGGGCUGUACCUCCCCUCGCUUGGACCGCCAUGUGGAUGCUAUCAUUUAUCUUGGAGAUGGAAGAUUUCAUCUGGAAUCAAUCAUGAUCGCAAACCCUGAUAUCCCUGCCUACAGAUAUGACCCCUACAGCAAGGUGUUCAGCAGGGAGUACUAUGACCAUGAGGCCAUGCGAGCCUUAAGGCUCAAGGCUAUCGACACGGCUCGAUCAGCCCAGAGAUGGGGCCUGAUCAUGGGCACGCUGGGCCGACAGGGCAGCCCAAAAGUCCUGGAGCACCUAGAGUCAAAGUUACAGUCACACAGCAAGUCUUUUACUCGAGUUCUCCUGUCGGAAAUUUUCCCCAGCAAGCUGGAUCUGAUGCCAGAUGUGGACGCGUGGGUCCAGAUCGCUUGUCCACGCCUCUCUAUCGACUGGGGCACAGCCUUCUCCAAGCCCCUGCUGUCCCCGUAUGAGGCAGCUGUAGCUUUGCAGGAGGUUGGCUGGAAGGAAGUCUACCCCAUGGACUUCUACUCCAAUCAGAGCCUUGGGCCGUGGACCCCCAACCACCCUGACCACCAGCCUGCACGGACCACUCGCAGACAGAACCAGAAACAAGGCUCGGAGCCAGCCCUUCCUCCCAAGCAGUGUGGGCAGGACCAGUGCACCCCCUGUGGCUGUAAAGGGGAAUGACACGGAAGGAGCGGCGCUGCGUGGGUGUGGCUCGUCUCGUGCCUGCCAGUGCCUCUGUAAUGGCUGGAGGGGGGUCAGACCAGAGGAGGAGGAGAGCGGGUAUGUGUCCAGACAGUCUAUCAACAGAGCAGAGCUAAAGCCAGAGGAAGCCGUGAGCCGCUCCUCAAAUGGAUUACCAGCCAUAAAUAAUCCCUCGUCUCACAGCACAGCCGAUCAAACCAAAUUCAUUGCUCUUAUUCACGUUCUCCCUGCAUGGGCUCUGAGCUCAAAAAAAAAAAAAAAAUGCAUGCAGCUGAGAGAAUAGCCAGCUCUUUUAUGAGCUCAUUCUUCAAAAAAAAUGUCCCCAUGAAGGAGACACUUCCUCUCGCUCUGUGAAAAUGGAGUUCUUCCUGCACAGGAGAAGCGGCCGGGCCUUUCUGUAAUGGAGACACGCUUUAUGUUAUUGUUAGGGAGAGAAAGUGUGGGAUGACCUUGCGCACAUUGUAUGGAAUUUAAAUAUGUGUAGAUGUGGGAGGCUUUGGUCCAACUUAUCCUUGGAUAGAGCUCUGACACAUUUGAAAUGUAGUUGAUUAAAAAAGUUUUAUGAAGCACUUUUACAUUAUCUUACUUUUUAUAAGAUAAUUAUUCAGAUUUUUGGAUGAUGAUGAUGUAAUGCAUUGUGACAAAAAGCUUACUCUGUCUUUUUAUCUUCUGAAACAAUAAAUCAAACACAAAAAUCU